AUGGGUCGGAGGAAGAGUACGCGCAAGCCCCCACCCAAGGCAAAAGUGAUUGAGCCACUACCGAAGCAGUUCAAUUGCCCUUUUUGUAACCGCGAGGGCUCUUGUGAGGUGGAAAUCAAUAGGGAAAAGAGGACUGGUUACGUGAAAUGUGGAAUAUGCCUGGAGGACUACCAGACGUCCGUGAACGCACUCAGCCAGGAGAUUGACGUGUACAAUGACUGGAUUGACGAAUGCGAACUUGCCAACUCGUAA